GUGAGUUCUCCAGCAACACAUCAGUGAUGGAGCAGCGUCUGUUUGUACUCCUGCUUUUCACAGGAGUCCUUCCCUUCGUCCUGUCUGUCACUCGUAAGUACUAUCUGAUCCAGCAGGGGAAAACAUGGAGUGAUGCUCAGGCUUACUGCCGAGCCACAUACACUGACCUGGCUACCAUCAACAGUACCGACAACAUGGUCAAACUUCAGGAUGAAGCAAAGACACAACAAUUCAAUUCCAGUGCUUGGAUUGGACUGUACACUAACAUCAACAGCUGGCACUGGUCCUUCAAAAACGAGCCGCUGGGAAGUUUUACAGCCUGGAAAAGCACAGAGCCUAACAACCUGGUGGGAAAUGAAGGAUGUGUUUUUAUAUGGCAGGAGACAUGGUAUGAUGCACCAUGUGAACAUCUAUUACACUUUGUGUGCUAUGAUGACAGGAAGACUGGCACUGACAGCUACAUUUUAAUCUCUGAGGCUAAGACGUGGUAUGAAGCUCAGAGCUACUGCAGGCAGCAGCACACAGACCUGGCCAGCGUGAGAAGCGCAACAGAAAACUCAGUUGUAGGAGGAAUGAACAAUGCAGUUUGGAUUUGGUUUGGCCUCACCAGAGACCCCUGGAAUUGGUCAGACCAGACCACCAACGUGUCCGUCAAUACAUGGUCACGUGGAAACACUGAUGAUUACUUGAUGAAUAAAAGUUGUGGCUGCUUAAAUGAUGGUGUGGCUGAUGUAGCGCAGUGCUCAGACAUCAUGCCUUUCUUCUGUUACUUGUUCCCAAAACAACAGCAGAUCAUAAGAGUGAAGGUCAAGUCCAGUCAGGAUGUGAAUGAUCCCGCAAUAAUGGCGGCCAUCUUGGAGAAGCUCCAGCAGAAACUGAAGGAUCAUGGAAUGGCUGAGAACAUCACUGUGAAAUGGAGAAAGCAACCAGAUGGAGUGGUGUUUCACAAGGAGAAGGGAAAUAUUACUACAGUUGGGAAUAACAAUGGGGAGGCUUGAGACCUCUAAAUCUUGAAUAGUGUGUAUUUUGUAGUGCAUUAAUCACUUUUAGCUUGAGGACCUUGAGUGUGUGUAAUAUUUUAGCUUCCUUAAGUAGUACUUUAACAGACCCAGAGUUAGAAUCCAAAAUACUGAAACUAGUAACAGCGUAUCAUUAGGAGUAGAGCAAGUUCACCAAACUAUGAGCCAAGCUGACAUUUCAAAAAGAUUUAAAAUCACUGAUAACAUGUUAUAAUCACUUGAGGUCUUUGCUUCUAAUAAUAGUAAAUACAUAUUUUCAGGUUAUUCCAUAUUACUCUAUAUUAAUAGUGAUCUCUCUGCAUAUGUACACUACAAAAAAAAACAUCUUAUACACCCUAUAUAGUGCAGUAGGUGGUCAAUAGAAAGACUUUAAUGACUUGGUUUCCUUGCUGUAAAAUUAGUUUCCUGAAAUUUAGCUAUUCUGGCUUUCACAGUUGAUUUGUUUGGCUUUUGGGGUUUCAGCUUAAGAGUAAAGGCUUUAAUAGUAAUAAUUAAAUGCCUUUAAAUAGAAUACAUAAUGUGGAAUAGGAAGCUUCUGUGCAGUUGCUCUGUUGUCACAUAAAUACAUGCUAAAUCUAUGCUUGUAUCAGUAUAGGCUUUUCCCACUUCCAUCUGUAAGUCAGACAGUCGGUUCAUUUAUGGUUAUACUCUGUCCUAUUUAAAUGUUCACCUAAUUAACUGUUUCCUCCUCUACUAGUAAUAACACCUGGAUUCUGACUCUGUUCAGCUAAUGUAUCAAUGUCCAGUCUGUCCAAAUCAAUGUACACAAUUAUUAUUGUUAUUUUUCAACCACCACAAGAGAAAGACCUCAGCAGUGUCACAGCAGAAAUGUGUUUGUCCUUUCAUCCAGAGAUUGUGACAAUGCCACAACCAUCCAUGGCUGGGAGUCUGUGUUAGCGCUCGCACCUCCUGUUUAGUAGCUGUCAUGUAAUAAGUGUGAGUUCGCUAGUGGGUGGUAAAUGGAAAUAAAUACAA